GUAACUAUUUUAUAAAUAUUAUAAAAAUGAAAUUGCAUGAUGUUGGUAAAUAUGAGAUUUAACCUUCUGACAUUUAUAAAAAAUUUAAAUGUGACUAAAAAUGGUUAUUUAACAAGACUAUCAAUAUAUAUAUAAUCAAAAAUUCUAGUUUGGUUCGAUCAAUUGCACUUAUGCAAAAAUUCAGUUCUAUGGAUGCAUCUUUGCAGCGAAUUAUGACUGCUUUUAAGCAAUUCGAGAAAAAACUUGACAAAUUGCAAGAAGACGUAAACAAUCAUGGUCAAACUUUAUCGGAAUUACGUUUCAUGGUGACUAGUCUUUCGAGUGGAGGCGAUAUUAAAUUGGAUGAUUUCAGACGUCCCACAAAGAACAGCACCGCUAUGCAAUACGAACGCCUGAAUAUAGAACAACCGAUGAAAAGAAGAACCGCCAUACAGCCAUUCUCUACUAAAAUAAAGGUUAAAAGCUUCCAAAGCCAAAAAUAUGGGCUGAGAUCCUCAAGUCUAGAUACAUCAUUUUUGAAUAAGGUUCCGACAGAUAAAAAAGGAUUAGGAAGCCAUACGUAUAGACCGGGAAAAGGUGAUGCACCUAGAAAAGCUACUAUGCUGAGGACACGGAAGGGAAUGGAUAAAAAGAGAAGCAAGGUCUAAUAUAGACAUUAUUGGAAUUGAUGUGGAAUAAUAGAAACUGAACUUUAUUACGAAACGAUAUAUAGAUGAAAUUGAAAUAGCAUGAUUUUACUAAUUUAAUGGGAGUAACUAAACCGAAUUUAUGUAAAAUAAAAUGCUUACUGAUAUAAUUAUUAUUCUAUAUUCAUAAAAAAACAUUGGAAUGUAUAGAAAUAGACAAACGUAAUUUAAUUUAAAUAUGU